GUGAUGUUUUUUUUGUCGUUGCAAUGUUGGCAGAAACCGGCGCCAAACUUGAACAAAGGUCAAGGACUCACUUAAAACAAUCAAUCAAUUAACAUUUAUCAACCACAUUGCUCCAAAAAUGCAUCUUAAGUCAUUUUGCUUUCUCUCUGUUUUAUUUGUGUGUGAAUUAUCCCCGGUGUUGUGCAAACAGGAUUUGGUAAAAGUGUCGCUUUAUUACGAGUCAUUGUGUCCUUUUUGUCGCCAAUUUGUAACACAAGAACUCUAUCCUGGUUAUAAAAAAAUCAAAGAUUUUUUGCUCAUCGAUUUAGUUCCUUUUGGUAAAGCUAAUGUCACUAAAAUUGACGGAAAUUGGGAAUUUAAGUGUCAACACGGCCCGAAAGAAUGUCUGGGUAACAAAAUCCAAGCUUGUGUUUUGACAAAAUCGUUUCAGAAAGAUUCCAAAAUCGGUUUUGUUUAUUGUAUGAUGAAUUCCAGCGAUCCAGGGAAGAUUUCUAUCGCUGAAUCGUGUGCGUCUAAUAAUGGGAUUUUAUGGCGUGAUAUCGUCGAUUGUGUGCAAGGAACCCAAGGAGAUGAUUUUUUAGCCCAUUAUGGUGACGUCACUAAUGAUUUGGACCCGAAACUGACUUACGUACCUCAUAUUCUCUUCAAUGGAAUUUUUAACGCAACUUUGGAGGAUUUAGCUCGUGAUAAUUUUUUUAAAACAGUCUGUGGUUUAUUUAACACAAAACCAGAUGCUUGUAAUUAAUAGAAAAUAAAUUUUUAUCGGUCGA